AUGGCGCCGCCAUCAGGCAAGCGCGUAAAGGGCACCCAGAUCUACCGGCCUUUUAUCUACGGGACCACAGCGCGCCCGUUCGACGCGGACACGAACCCCAAACCGCCCGGCGUGCCCGACGACCACACGCACUCGUGGACCGUCUUCGUCAAGGGCAUCGACGAUGUCGACAUCACAUACUGGCUGCGUCGCGUGCAGUUUAAGCUGCACGAGUCGAUCCCCAACCACGUCCGCACGAUCGAGGGUACCAAGGGAAAGCCGUUCGAGAUCCACGAGACGGGCUGGGGCGAGUUCGAGAUCACCAUGAAGCUCUACUACGUGGCCGAGUCGGGCGAGAAGCCCCAGACGCUGUACCACCACCUACGGCUGCACCCGUACGGCCGGACCGAGGAGGAGAAGGAGGCGAUGCGGCUGAGCGGCGACGACAUCAUAUCGUGGACUUAUGAGGAGCAGAUAUUCAACGAGCCAUACGACGCCUUUUACGACAUUUUGACGUCGGGCGCCUUCCCCGUCAGCAGUGGCGGCGGAGGAGGAGCCAAGGGUGGCGGCAAAGGAGGAAAGUCCAAGGAUAAAGACGACCAGCAGGCCCAGCAGCCGCAGCGCUCGCCCGGCGGCGUGCUCGACCGCAGCGCUAUGAUCCCCCUCACCAACCGCCCCGGCCAGCCCUUCAGCCGCGAGACGGAGCAGGUUGAAAUCCAGAAGCUCAAGGACGCGCUCGUCAAGGUCGAAGAGCUCACCAAGCAGAUAGCCGAGGAUGUGCAACAGAAGGAAGCGCGUCUGCGGGGGCUACGGGCCGAUGCGGGUAUCAAGGCGUAG